AUGUAUGUUUUUAGCUACUUCCAUGUGUAUUUGGUCAUCGCAUGGCCACUGUGGUACCGCUUCAGAAGAACCAUCAAGAUCUCUCUUGUAGUCUGUGUAGUGGUCUGGAUCCUUCCUCUUGUUUAUGUCCUUCCUGUCUAUUUCUGGGUUAGAUUUGAGAUCUCAGAAACCAUUUUCGCUGUCUUUCUCCUCGUUCCUUUCCCACUGCUCAUAUUCUUCCUGGGUGGGACCCUCAAAUCGUUGUUUGCUGCCAUCUCGGUCCCCUCUGAUGAAAAACGACGAAUUGUGGGAAUUUUGGUCCUGGUGCUGCUCAUCUACACGCUGCUGUUUCUACCCAACAUCAUCUGGUCCCUGGUAGAAGAAGCCAGAUAUAAUCAUACCUUCAGCGGCUUGACUUUCAUUCUUCUCAGAUUCAGUCCUCUUGCAGACUUGAUUCUGUAUGUUUUCAUGAGGAAAGGGGCCAUAGACAAGCUUUUGGCCUCUCUGUGUUGUUGCAGAAUGGACAGUGAUGAUAACAGCAGAUCAUCAGUAUGAAAGACAACAACAUGUACACAGUCAGCUCCAUGCAGGCAGAGAAAGAGGGAGAAA